UGUUGUAACCUGGAAUAAAACAGGCUGUAACGCAGCUGUGAGCAUUACAUCUCACCUCCUUUUUGUUUCAUUUUCUCUCCUCUGUUAAUGAUUGAGACAUUCAACCAUUAUUCCCUUCUCUCUCUCUCUAGAUCUCUCAAUUCUUCUCCCUUCUCUCUCUCUCUCUCUUCCGAUCCGGCCAAUUAAUUAGGUAUCUAGUUUUCGGCACAACAAGAGUUUGAUAUUCAUUCCGAUCAAUUCAAUUAAUAUUAUUCGAAUAUAUAAUAAUCGAUAAUGAGCUCCGUGUUCCAGCUGCAGCGAAAGCAAUCGCUUCCGCUUUCACAAUCACAAACGAAAGAAGAGCGCAGUACUAUUACUCCUGGAAUCCGCCGGAGGCUCUCGUCUCUCUCACUAAACCUGAAGAUCCAGUCAUCCUCUUCCCCCGCCGCCGCAUGGGCAUUCCGCCGCUCCAAGUCUAUAUCAUCAAUGGCCGGCGGUUCGAUCAGGAAGUGGUGGGAAUGGGGAUGCGGCUGGAUCCUGUCUCGAAAACCAACAUUCGCCACAGAUCUGGAGAUGAAUGAGGAAGAAACAGCCGUCCUAGGUACCCACAGCAAGGGCAGCUGGCGCCACGUCUUUUACAAGGUCACUUCCCAGCUCCGCCGCAAGCUUGUCGGCUCCGACAAUGUCGGUCUCCCCCAGACAUUCCGCUACGAUUCCUUCAACUACUCCAAAAACUUCGACGACGGCACCACCAGGCCUGAUGCCCGCCGCCGAUUAUAAAAAAGCCAAUCAUGAUCCUCCGUUCCGAUCCGUGUUAAAGUUACAUUCUAUUCUAGUCCCCCAAUAAAUCAUCGAUCUUUCGUCAGAGCAGUAGAUGGAAUUACGCAGAUCGAUCAAGGAUAUAAUGGAUCAAGGCCUUUGCGCGUACGUGUGAUUUUUUGAUAUAUAUAUAUUAUAUAUAUAAUAUGCAUAUAGAAUCAAUUUGUAUGAUACUCUUAUCUUAUGAUGAAUGUUUCAAUUGUUUUUAGUAAUCGGUUUGUAAUUUCUUAAUUCUUUUUGUAACAAAAAAACACUGCACGACAGGGAAUUGUACAAUGGUGUUGUUGCUUAUUAUUUUCAAUUUGCUGGACAAGUACAUUAAUUUCAUAAUUUGUGAUUUGCUGAUUCA